AUGUGGUUAAUACUAGGGGUACUAAUAACUAUAUAUUUUAUUCAUCAAGUUUUCAAUAAUAUAUUACCACAUUAUUUCUUAGUACCGUCUCAAAAAUGGAGAGACAAAAUAUUAAAAGUAAUAAAUUAUGAUAAACCAAUAUAUCUAAAAAUAGGAUGGAAAAGAUCAAGUUUUAGAAGAAGAUUAAUAUUAGCUAGUGAAAAUCCAUCAUUCUAUACAAAUUAUUUAAAUAAUAAAUUAAAAAUAUAUCCUGGUGAUAUUACUAAUAAAGAUAAAUUUAUUGAAGAAACUAGAAGAAGAGAUGUUGAUGAUCCAAAAAGAAGAAUCUUGUAUGGAUUUUAUCAUCCUUAUGCUAAUAAUGGAGGUGGAGGAGAAAGAGUGUUGUGGCAAGCUGUUAAAUCAACUUUAGAUUCAGAUCUGAAAAAUAUAUGUGCAAUAUAUACUUCAAAUUUAGAUUCAGAACCUAUUUAUAUAUUAAAAAGAGUUGAAAAUAAAUUUCAAAUUUCCGAAUUAGAUCAUUCAAGAAUUGUUUUUAUAUAUUUAAGAGAAUUUAAUAAAUUUAUUGAUAGUUCAUAUUGGAAACAUUUUACUAUUUUAGGUCAAUUUAUUGGUCAAAUAUUAUCAAGUUUAGAAGUAUGUUUUGAAUUAUCUCCUGAUGUUUGGGUAGAUACUAUGGGAUUACCUGGGAGUUACUUUAUUGCUUCUGUUAUAUUAAGAAUUCCUAUAAUUGCUUAUGUUCAUUACCCUGUUUUACAAGAAGAUAUGUUUAAUAAAUUGAAAUAUAAAAAAAUCGGGGAUAUAACAAAUAUUGGAAAUUUUCAAGAUUUAAAAAGUUAUAUUAAAUUUCUAUAUUGGUCAAUUUUAUAUUUUAUUUAUGUAUAUUUAGGAUCAUAUGUUGAUUUAACUUUAGCAAAUGGGACAUGGACUUUCAAUCAUAUGAAUAAAAUAUGGACAUUAAAUAAACCUUUAGGUAAACAAAUUAAAAUAUUAUAUCCACCAUGUGGUACAGAAAAUUUAAUAACUGAAUCAGAACCAUCAAAUGAAAGAGAAAAUAAAUUAUUAUAUUUAGCUCAAUUCAGACCUGAAAAACGUCAUAUUUUAAUUUUAAAAGAAUAUCAACAAUUUUUAUCAAAUAAUUAUCCUGGUAUAACUAAACCAACUUCGGAUAUUCCAACUUUAAUAUUUGCUGGUUCAUGUAGAACUAAUGAUGAUACUGCAACAUUAGAAUUUUUAAAAAAUGAAACAAAAAAUUUAAACCUAACAAAUUUUGUUGAAUUUAAAGUUGACAUUUCAUACACGGAAGUUAUUGAAUUAUUAUCAAUUUGUAAAUUUGGUUUAAAUGCAAUGUGGAAUGAACAUUUUGGAAUUGGAGUAGUUGAAUAUAUAGCAAGAGGUUGUAUUCCAAUAGUUCAUGCAUCAGCUGGACCUUAUUUAGAUAUAGUUACAGAUGAAGAAGAUGACGAACCAUCAUCACCUCAUAAAAAGGAUUGGGCAAAUUCAAUUGGUUUUUUUUUCAAAUCUUUUGCUGAUCCAGAUUUUAAUCAAUCUGAUCAAACUAGAGAACUGAAUGAAGAUAAAUUAUUAUUAUUUGAAAUAAAUGGUGAAAUUUUAGAAUUUCCAACUUUAGAACAAUUAUUAACUAACAUUUAUGUUAAGGAACAUGAAUUAAUAAGUCAUGCUAGAUUGAAAAAAAUGAGAAAAUUAGGUCAAGAUUUAAUAAUUGAUAAAUUUUCAAAUGAUACAUUUAAUAAACAAUGGAUUGGGUAUAUAAGGAAAAUUGAUGCUUUGGAAAAGAAAUAUAGAGAUGAAAGAAGAGGUAAACUAGAACGAGUUUAUUAA